UACUCUGACGUCGGCGAUCAUGUGGCUUUUGGCGUAGAUCCUCCUUGUGAUCGUCAAUUUUUUCUUUCCUGUCGCCUGUUGUCUGCUCGGUUAUUGGACCGCCGCGAGUCGGUUUAAAAAGCAUUUGGGGUUAUUUAUUCGUCUAGCAGUCGCUUUGGGAUUGUACCGCACUACCUGAGCAUCGCGCCAAAACGGUGGGCAGGUUGCAUCCUGUCAUGCAGUUCCAGGAGGUCGGCCAGCGUUGGAGCUGACACUGUCAGCAAGCCCAGCCUGCACUGCACCAAAACAGUCCCAUCCCUACCAGACCUUCACCUUCCACCGCCCUCUUCUCUCCAGGCACUAACCUUACCCCAGGGGAAGACCGUUCUUCAGACGCCUUGGCUGCUCACUCCCGUCCCAGAAACUGUCCUGUGCUGGCUGCCUCUUUUAACAUAAAAGCGAUCCCGGGCCUGCAUCUGGCUCCUACUACAAGCCAGUCCUCCUGGCUGUUCUUCAGUACCUUAUACUGUCUGUCCAUCCGCCACUCUGUGACAGUAGUCUUACACCCUGGGCACCUCAGCCUCCUUUAUAUCAUCACUGGCCAAGCACAGGCACCAAGUGAGGACAGCAGUCCACCCAGACAAACCCAGCAUCUUCCGUCAUCAUGUCCAGUCGACGGAAGGCCUCCACCCCCUGUAUGAUCCGACCGGAGCAGACCAUGGUGGAGCUGGAUGACGAGGCAGAGGAAUCAAACGACAUGGAGACAACAACGGAGAACCAGACGGAGGAGGGGCUUAUGGAAACAGAUCUCUCAACGGAGGCAGAGCCUUCUGUGGAAUUAGACCUGAUGGGCAAGGCCUCGGACCCUCCGUCAGCUCCAGACAAACCAGCAGCCGAGCCCCCAGACCUUUCCAAGCCACAGCGGAGGCAGCAGGGGGGCUACGAGUGUAAAUACUGCCCCUUCUCCACACAGAACCUCAACACUUUCAAAGAACAUGUCGACGCCAACCACCCUAACGUCAUCCUCAACCCCCUGUACCUGUGUGCUGUCUGUAACUUCAACACAAAGAAGUUCGACACCCUGACGGAACACAACGAACGGUGUCACCCAGGGGAGAGCAACUUUAAAUUCAAACGCAUCAAAAUGAACAAUCAGACAAUCUUGGAACAGACAAUAGAGGGCUGCAGUAACAAUGCAGUCAUUUACAACACUUCCAGUGCCAUUUCUGGCAAAGGGGAUGAGCUAGGCACUAUGCCACUCAGCAAACCCGCCACAGUCAAGAUCGGUAAACCAAAAAUAAUGUCAUCGGAUAAUAAACGGACAGAGUCCCAGAUGUGUAAACUGACAUCCGAUCUGGCCAAGAAACCAAUCACAGCGGUCAACGUGAACGGGACGGUCAUCAUCCCCGAGGCGACUCUACUCAAAGCAGACGGCCUUUCUCACAUCAUGCCUUCCCUACAGCGGCCUCUAAACUAUACCCAGGUGCCGAAGAUCGCAGUGCCCCUCAACACAACCAAAUACAAUCCUUCGCUGGACGACAAUCUGACACUCAUCUCCUCCUUCAACAAAUUCCCAUACCCAACGCAGGCUGAGCUCUCCUGGCUCACCGCAGCCUCAAAACAUCCAGAGGAGCAAAUCAAAGUCUGGUUCACCACACAGAGGCUCAAACAGGGCAUUAGCUGGUCUCCUGAGGAGGUGGAAGAAGCGAGGAAGAAAAUGUUCAACGGCACAAUCUCCUCCGUGCCUCAGACCUUCACCGUGGUAGCACCUCAGCUCAACUCCCAGUCGUCCACCCACCCGUCUACCCCCAAUACAGCCUCCAAACACAUGCAGACGGCAGCCUCUGUCCUGCAGUCCCUCCCCUGUCAGCUCCUGGGACAGACCAGCCUGGUGCUCACUCCUGUAGCUAACGGCUCCACUGUCACGUGCGCACCGCUGGCACUCACCGUGGCUAACCAGGUGGCACAGUCGCUCAAACGACCCCUGGCCUCUCCUGUGGUCGCUGCGGAGAGUAAGCGACCCUCCAUCAUUCAAACCAUCUCCGCGCCCAUGGUCACAUCCAAACUGGUUUCACCCAAGAUGCUGAGUUUCACCGUUGACCCCAAUAAAACAGCUGAGCAGCUAUCAGUACUGAGGUCCAGCUACACACAGUGUCCUUUUCCUGAGGAAGAUGAGAUCUACAGACUGAUAGAGACCACUGGGCUCUCCAGAGGAGAGAUAAAGAAGUGGUUCAGUGAACAGAGGCUCCUUAAUCUCAAAGGCGUGCCUCCACCUCCAGUGCUGGUGAAAGCAGAGGUGCCACCUGUAAAGAAAGCAGUCCCCAGCCAGUUUCCCCUGCUGGAGAGGGUGAAGGGGAAAUCAUCAGAGCAGCUGAAGGCGCUGGAGGAGAGCUUCCAGAGAAGCAGCUCUCCAACAGAAGCAGAUCUAGACCAGCUAGCCCAGGAGACCAGGCUGUCCAAGACGGAGGUGGACUGUUGGUUUUUAGAGCGCAGGGGGCUGAGGGACAACAUGGAGAAGGCUUUACUCACCAUGGCUUCAAAGAACACAGAGGACAGAGUAGACCGGCCGGGAGCGCUGCUGAACGGGGCUUCUCAUCGGGAGCAGGACGGGAAACCUCUACGCUCCUCUCCUCGUCCGCCUGUCCUCUCCUCUUCCUCCUCUUCCUCCUCCUCCUCCCCUCCUGUGCUCGCAGCCUCCUCCCCUCAUCCACCAAACCUCUCCUGCUCGGCAUCACCUCCCAUCCUCACUUCGUCUUCUUCCUCUUCUCCCUACCCUCCCAUCCUGUCGGCCUCCACGAGCCCGGCUCCCAUCACCAGCCGCUCCCUCACCCUCCUCAGAGAGAUGUUCUGUCGGACACAGUGGCCAUCUCCUGAAGAGUACAGCCAGCUGGAGGUCCAAACAAGUCUAGGACGAACCGACAUUGUCCGCUGGUUCAAAGACCACCGCUCGGCACUGAAGAACGGAGAAUCUCUGGACUGGAUGGAAGAAAACCAGAAUCUUGCAGAGCAACAGAAAGCAGGCCAAGAACAGAACGGCCAGAGUUCUGAGAAAAACCAGAGUGUUUCCUUGGAAGUCAAGGCUGUGAAAGUUGUUGGUGCAGUGGAGGAGGCUGGUGAGAACACAGCAGCAGCUACAGAGCACUCCCAGCUGUCUGACCAAGACAAAGUCCUGUGGUUGACUGACAGAUUAGCCCACAGUGUUACGGACCUGAGCCAGACCAGAUCGGACCAGACCGGCUCUAGCACUUCUGACAAAGGGAGGUGGGUAAAGGUGACCGUAGCAGUGGGAGAGGAGAGUGGUGAAGGAGUGGAAAGACAGAGGCUGGCAACAGACACUGAUGUCCUGACCUUGGAGCAACCUGGCAGGGUCACUGGUUGAUGGCAAAUCAUUGACUGCUGAGUCGACGGCCAUCAUACGACAGCUCAAGAUGACCAAAUGUGGAACCAGUAAUGUCAUCACAAAGCGCCAGGGACUUUGGAGUUCCACUGUUAAAGCACUGAUAGGUGUGGUGCGGUGCAGAUGCUGACAUUAAGAGGAGUGCCAAAGCUGGACUUGAUGCAUUUUUCUUGCUACUACUACACUUUUUUUUUGUUUGUUUGUUGUGUUUUUCUUUUCUUUUUUAAAGAAGCACCCUUGUAAAUAUUUUUCUGUAUUAGAAGAAAAGUUUGUACAGUUGUACUGGGAGGGCAGGUUUUGUUACAUUUUUUUAAAAAGAAAAUCUUGACUGGUGCCCCCAAAACCUGGAAUGUUCUCUUGUUGUUUUAAGAUCAAAGUGUAUGAUAGUCUCUUAUUCACUAAUAAUCAGUCCUAUUUUUUUGAAAAUCAAAACCUGCGCACUACCCAUUAUGGGUAGUGUUUGAUGGCACUUGCAUAUUUCCCCGUGGUAGUGAUGGGUUAUUUACACGGUAGGCCACUUCAGCUCAAACUGUUGGGAAAAUAUUUCCUUUUCCCCUGCAGUGUCACCCUGACUCGCCCCUCAUAGAAUUACGCAGGUGAAGGUGGAAAUUACUCAAAAGUGUGAGAUGGGCAGUUAAGAGGAGCGACUGUUUUGGGUAAUCUGAACACAGCUGCAGCUUCAAUGCUGAAAGGUCAGUCACUAAAUGAACAUAGUCACAUGGGCAAGACAAACCACAUUAGGGUGAAUGAAUGAAUGCACUAUACGUACUUCUAGUAUCUUUUCUAAUCAGCCGGUUCUUGCGUCAGUAUCUGAGGCAUGUUUAAGCGGUGUAAACAGUAUAAAAUGUUCCUUUUCCUGAUUCUGGAAAUGAUUAAUCACAUAGGAGAGAGUGGAGUGUCUGUUUGACCGCACCAUGCUGCCUUUUUCAGCUCUCUUAUCUGACAUUUGCUGUCUGCCUCAGACCUGGGUACAGUACAAACUGGUAUUGAUGAUUUUGGUUUAUCACUUCUUUGUCUUAAAAUAUUCUUGACUGAAGUUACAUUUUGGGGAACGUGUUCCAAGCAUGAUAAAAUAACUGAAGCUCCAUUUAUUUGAGCCAUUUCAGAUAUCCAUUUUGCUCAGCUGUGAUCUGUGAACACACCUCUUCUCUCUAGACUUUCUGGCUUUUAGAAGGAUCUUCUAUUCAAAGCAGGAUUGUGUUGAGUUGAUUUCAGUACCAUCAGUUCAGAACCUAAAGAAUCUGCGAGUCAGAGAUAAAUGAUCAAACCUGAGCUAAGUUUCUGAAAAACAGCCAAAGCUGUCAUGAACUGCUUGCAUGUGCUUCAACAAUUUUCAGUUUUAAAAUCUCAUGAUUUAAAGGGAUAUCUGUGAUCUUUAUGGCUCAAAAAAGUGCUUGCAAUAUCUGUGCAAGCAAAAAAAAUAAAAAUUAAGUUGAACUGUCAUUUAAAACUGGUUUGAACAGCAGGUGUAUGGCUGUUUCCUGGCUGAAUGUCUGUUGCUGCUGCUUUAGUUCCAUGUUCAGAUAAGUAUCUGGGAUACCGUACAUUUGGUUGGCUAGCGCGGUAAAGCCGCUUGCAUUUUCAUUUUCUACUUUUAAGUCUGCUGUAAGUCAAUAAAUACACAACCAACUCUAAAA